CGUAAAGCUUGGUAUCCCUUGCCAUCUUGGUCGUGUGUCGUGUGUCCCAGGGCGGGAUCCGCUGUCAGGCACCUGUCUGUCAGCCUUACAAGGUGCACAGCCACGAUCGCCGACAGCCUUGUGAGGAUCUCAUGGUUGAGUAGCGGCAGCGAUGGUGUUCCCACCGUGGUAUGAAGACGAGGAUAUUGUGGAAGAUAUCAUGAAUAGUUGGAUAGUUCUGUCGCAACGGACAGGGUGGCUCCCCUUUGACUGAUACAUAUAUUCCACGACAUAGAACUGACCGUACUCUCUCGUUCUGGCAACUCUGCUGUCGAGGACAUUUUCCGGCGCUUCUUUGAGUAUUCCUCAACCGCCCUGUCGAGUAUAUACAAUCCCGUAUGACAUGACAAUAUGCGCCGACGUGGUAUCGUAUGCAUCGUGUGGCACUCUAUGCAUCGCAGCCCAAUGAAAUUCUUGGCCCUCACCAUUCCCUCCACCACAGUUGGCUCUUGGCGUGGCUGAAGGCGCAGUCACCAGCCAACAUCUCGACCAAAAGUGGCUAUAAGCGUGGCGCAGGUCGCACAUAUCACGCAUUCACAUCCACACCUUCAUAUCGAGUAUGAAUGGAGAAUGGAUAUACGGCACUGCAAGAGACGGACCGCGACUUGGCUGCGACACUUGGCUGCGUUAAAGCUGAGUCUCCCCACCUGCAGUGCUUCGUAGGCGCUGUAGCGUUAGUUGUUCAUCGUCGACAUUCACAAAAAAAGACUAGAGGGGUUGCCUGGCCACGAGAAGGUCACUCUUCCAACAAAUGUGAGUCUGAGGUAAAUUCUUCCAACAGUCUUUCAACAAUCUUCCAACAAGCUUCACAACCUCUACUCCAACCUGUACUCCAACCUUCACUGCACACACUACACCUUCACUACACAUACUACACCCGACCUCAUCCACAUAUCUCCCCCCCUCACUCACCAUGCCGCCCAUCUUCUUCUGGAGGGACACAAACCCCUCCUUCGCCUUCCUCUCCCAAGAUUCCCACGCCCCAUUCCACGACAACGAAACCGAGACCGUCUGGCCCACCACAGAACACUACAUGCUCUCCGAAAUGGCCAUGCUCUUCGCCGCCCCCGACAUCGCCGCCCGCAUCGCCCACGAGCCCCACGUCGAGGACAUCCGCGCCCUCGCCCGCGGCGUCGACAACUUCGACGAGAAGAUCUGGGAAGAGGACCGCUACGGCAUCGUGGAGGAAGCUACGUACCACAAAUUCGCGCACAGCCUGGUGCGGGAGCGGGAUCUGAAAGCGGCGCUGCUGGCGACGGGCGAGGAUGAGCUUGUUCUCGCGUCGCCGCUGGAUGGGAUUUGGGGGAUUGGGUAUGAGGCUGGGGAAGCGGUGGGGCAGCGCGAGACGUGGGGGACGAAUUUGCUCGGGAAGGCGCUUAUGAUGGUUAGGGCGUGGAUUAGGAUGGAGGAGACUGGGAGCGCGUCGUGGGAAAAGGGCGGGGCGUUUGAUGUGACAGCUGAGCAGAGGAGGGUUGAUAUGCCGUUGGAGGUUCAGACUUAUGAGGCGUCGAAGGGGUACAUUUCACCGAGCGAUCACAUGUAUUGGGACACGGAGCGUGGUGAGGGGUUAGCUGCUGAGUAUUACGACAAGACGAGGGAGUUCGGACCGCCGGGGGGCUAUCCCGACCAUGGGGUCCCUGAGGAACAGACCGAGGGGAGCAGGGCUAUAGAAGGUGCACCCGACGCUUCAGGCUCUGAUAACGCACUUGCUGUUUUGGGCGCUCUUGGAGCUGGAGGUCUUGUAUUGCACGAGGCGCGUGGUGGAUCUUAUGGAGUGGAGGAGGAGGAAGAGGAGAAUAGCGACGAUGAACUGCGCAAGGAAGUGAUUGAGAAUCUCUUCCGGAAGAAGCCUGAGGAGGAAGAAGAGGAGUUGCAUGAUUCAGAGGAUGAGAAGACGCCGGAGCCAGAGUCGGAAGAGGAGCCGGAAGAGGAAGAGGAAGAAGAGCCAGAGGAGGAAGAGGAGGAGGAGGAGGAAGAAGAGGAGGAGGAGGAGGAGGAAGAAGAAGAAGAGGAGGAAGAGGAGGAAGAAGAAGAAGAGGAAGAGGAGCCAGAGUCGGAGUCGGAGUCAGAAGAGGAAGAAGAAGUAGCGGAGGAAGAAGCGGAGGAAGAGGACGCAGGUUCAGAUUCAGAUGGAGAUUCCGAUUAG